CACAACUAGUAGCAGGCUAGCAGCACAAUAAGAUCAUCCAGAGCUCCAAGUCCAUAGAUACAAAGGAAAACUCCUGAAAGAUAAGAAUAUGAAGACCUCAUUACUUCAUGAGCUACUUAAUGGAAUUUCUAUCAACUCAUCAAAGAGAUACCUUCCUGAUUCCUCUGGCAAAUACAGCAAGUCUAUCACAAAAUCAAAGCAGGGUAAAUCAAAUUCAGUUCUGACUCGAAUGAACAUGCUCGGGAGAAAGGCUGACAGUUUUGCACACGGAGUCCGCGAGCAUGUGAGAUUGGGGCCAAAGAUAAGUGAUACAGUAAAAGGGAAAUUAAGCUUGGGAGCCAGAAUUCUUCAGGUUGGUGGAGUAGAGAAAGUGUUCAAGCAAAUUUUUAGUGUUAGAGAUGGGGAGAAGCUGCUGAAAGCAUCACAGUGCUACUUAUCAACCACAUCUGGUCCCAUAGCUGGCCUCCUCUUCAUAUCCACGGAUAAAAUUGCUUUUUGCAGUGAGAGAUCCAUCAAGAUCUCUUCCCCAAAAGGAUAAUUGAUUAGAGUUCAUUAUAAGGUUUCAAUUCCACUUGAAAAGAUAAAGUGCGUCAACCAAAGCCAAAAUGUGAAGAAGCCUUCAGAAAAGUACAUAGAAAUAGUUAGUGUGGAUGGUUUUGAUUUCUGGUUUAUGGGGUUCUUCAAUUAUCAGAAAUCCUUAAGAUGUCUUCAGCAGGCUAUAUAUCAUUCAAGCUCAGAGUGAAAAACUGUAGAAUUCAAAUUGUCUAUCCCCUUUGCUUCAUCAACUAUUUGUUGAAGAUGCAAAGAUUCCAAAAGAUGUACAGAUAUUUCACAUAACUUUGUUAAUUAAGAAAAGAAAAAACUAGUUGUUUCUUAAACUUGGUUCCAUGACUCCAUUGUCCAACAGACAAAGUCUGUUCAUUUUUAUUUCUGACAAGAGAUAAAGGUUCAUUUUAUGUCA